AUGGCCCCCAAAGAUGAAGGGCUUAGUGAAUACCGCAGGCAGCAGAAACCCGAAGGUGAGGACAAGGUAGAGGAAGAACCGUCAUGGAGGGACAAGCCGCUGCACGGCAGCAGCUGGAAGUCCCACGGCUUCAUCAGGAGGAGCAGUUUCUGCUGCGGCACUGAGGAACGCAUAAACAACUGGGCCAGACCAGGGCCCGUUACUUCCAUCUUUUCAGUCCCAGGAGCCAUUGUUCUUGGCCUCAGAGCAGCCCAGUACGAGAGGGUCUUCUUUAUCAUCGGGACGACCAUGCAAAAAGAGUUGGGUAGAUGUGACAGGAUGAGGUUUUCACCUCCCUCUCAGCUGUUCACCAUCCAGAUCCGUCCUCUGAGGGGCUUUGAGGACGUGACAGCGGCCGUGUCAGAGCUCAGAGAUAAACUAGAGGACGUCCUGAGUGAGAAGAGGACAAACGUCUCACCGACAGGGACUGAAGUGGACGUUUUACUGGCUCAACCAGAGCCCAAGACCAGAGCUGGAUUCUUACAAUAUUCACGUGAAAUCACACUGGAUCCAAACACAGCAAACACCCGGCUGUUUUUAUCUGAGGGGAACAGGAAAGCAACACAUAUGUUUCAACAACAGUCUUAUUCUAGACAUCCACACAGAUUCACUGUAUGGUUUCAGGUCCUGAGUAGAGAGAGUCUGACUGGACGUUGUUACUGGGAGGUGGAGAUGAGAGGGAGAGUGUAUGUAGCAGUCACAUACAAGAAUAUCAGGAGAGCGGGGGGGUCGGCUGGAUGUAGAUUUGGUUUCAAUGACAAAUCUUGGGCGUUACGUUGUGUCAACAGCAGUUAUACAUUUUAUUACAACAAUGUCCAAACUCCCGUCUCAGGUCCUGAGUCCUCCAGAGUAGGAGUCUACCUGGAUCACAGUGCAGGUAUUCUGUCCUUCUACAGCGUCUCUAAAACCAUGACUCUCCUCCACGGAGUCCAGACCACUUUCACUCAGCCGCUCUAUGCUGGACUUGCGUGUUAUGGAUUCUCUGCUGAAUUGUGUAAAGUGAAGUAGACAGAAGUCAUUUAAGGGUUAAAUUAAACUCUUUGACUUAUUUAGUCUCCAUGGUUACAGCUGAGAUCUGAUUGUCGACAUUCUAUUUUUCAUGUUUUUCACAUGUUUCCACGGUUUGUGUUGGUUUUCCUCAUUUUUGGGGAUUUUAUCAACAUUUUUUGGCACUUUCUUCAACAUUUCUUUUCUUUUCUAAAGGUUUUUGUACAUUAGUUUGAGUUUUUUUGCUUGUAUUGAGGUUUUAGAAGUGAUGAGAUGUGUUUGAUUAAAUCAUUGGGGGAGCCCCAGAAGCUCUGAAUGAUCUCGGUUGAGAUCUGUUAUUUUACCUGCAGAGGGUAAGGCUUUCUUCACUGCUCAGAGAUCAGCUGUCAAUCAAACAUUAUGGGAUGUCCUUUGACAUCUUUUAGUUGUGUUUAAAGAUUAUUUGUGUUGUUUAUAUGACGUAGAAAAUGAGUUCCAUUAGUUUCUUUACUGUCUUUACCUUAAAGUGUCUAAAAGAACAU